CAAGGAUGAUAUAAAUAUUGAUAAGCUAAAACUUCAUAGAGAUAUGUUUCAUGAUAUAAUUAAAGGCCAAGGAUUAAUUGUUUCAUCAUUCGCAGUUGUUGGCAAGUUUUUGUAAAUUUGGUUCAUUUUUAAAUGACGCACUUCGAGAUCGCUUUAUUGUCGAGCUAAGUGAUGAGUCAUUUCAACGGAAAUUACUCGGCGUAGAUUCAUUAACUUUCGAAGAAACGUAUACAAUUGCUUUGGAUUCGAAGUUAGUGUGUAAACAAACACAGCAAAUGAAUAAUUCAGCUAAAGUAAAUUUUGUCAGUAAUAAAAAAAGUGUCUCGCGUCAAAAGAAAUCGUCUUCGAAAUUGGUACUCACAGGAAAUGAAAAACCUGGAGGCUGAUCGGUGCUUGGAAAUUCAUCAAAAACGGGUCAAGGAAGUAGCCAGGCAGCGCCUCAAAAUAGUCAAAAUCUACGAGGUCUGAAAUUUGGUCAAUGCUACCGAUGUGGGAAGAAGCACAAUAUUCGUACAUGCCCAGCCAGAGAGUGGGAAUGUUUUUCAUAGACAUGAAGAGAAUGCAAUCAAAAAUUAAUAGCAUUUUGGCAUCUUAUCGAAAUACACCAACAACAAGUACAAGUUGUAGUCCGACAGAAUUAAUAAAUAAAUUUAAACCGAAAAAUCACUUGUCCGUGUUGAAACCACCGUGUGUUGUGGAUAAUAAUAAAAUUAAUAUUGUCAUUAAAUAUGAAAUAAAUGAUAAAGUACUUGUUUCAAAUAAUUCUAAAGGGCAAAAAUGAUUAGCGGGACGUAUUAUGAAAAGGUUAAAAACAUGUAGUUACUUAGUUCGGGUGGAUGGUCAAAUUAGAUUAAUGCACAUAAAUAAAUUAAGAAAGAGUUAUUUAAAUGAAAAUGUUCAUCCAACGGAAAUUAAAAAAAAUAAAUAUGCUGAUGUACUUUGUUUGUUAUGAAUUCAUAUUAUGUAUUAAACGAUU